CCUACUGUCAUCGCCUUCUUCGCCUCACAACAUAAUACUCUCUCUCUCCACUCCAUCUGUGCUCACUCACCUAUCUCACUUGCUAUCCAACAAUGAGUGAUAGUGGUAAUGAUGGUGAUCAGGACGAUGAAUAUCAUGCGGCCUCUGUACAUGCAACAUUGGAACGGCUCAUGGCGCUCUCUGGGCGUCGUUUUGAACCGCCAGAAGAUUACAUCGAGAUCAGUAACUUGAAUGUGAACGAUCCAUCCUCUGAAGGACAGGGCAGUGCUCCCGGGCCAGCUCUCGGGCAUGCCAGUGCAAGGCUUGAUUCCGAGAUCAUUAACACUCCGAGUCCAAAUCCCGCACCAUUUCCUCACGCACACUCCGACAACCACCAAGACCUGGCCAUAGCGCAUCCCGCUGAUUCCGCUGAUCCCAUGGAUCCUGCAGCUGUUGUCUCUAUGGGUAGACUCUCACCAAGCCAGCAGCAGCAAGACAAUGACACUCGCGCUCAAAUUGUCGUCUUCACCGGUUUCCAUGAAACCUGUGUCAGUAUCGCCACCAGCAUGCUCGAAAUGCCGCACAUGGAACCCCCAUUCACACUUGCACGCCUCCUCACCACCAUCAUUCGUUCCGGUUUGCGCACCGGGCGCCUCCUAGAACAAUUUGUGGCUGAGGCACAGGAAACCACGUUCAUUGGCACGUCACGUCACCCUCUUGAUGUGCGUGAGCACACCCCAGAGGAGUACUUCAGUUAUCAACGAGGUUUCAUUGAGCACGGCACGCUCGCCUCCAUCCUUGACUCCUCCCGUGGCCAAACCUUAAUUGACAGCUGUGGGUCCGGUGUAGGAUUCCCAAGUAGCCAGGGUAUCAUUGAGUGCGCCUGCACCAUGAGCUCCAGCCUCGAGAGACAGGAGACCAUCCAUGUAUUUGCUAUAUAUGUGUACGGAGAUUUGCUCACUGGUCUACCUCUGAUCGCUCCCGUUGCCACUCCACCUGUCCUGCACGUCACCGCGCCCGUCAUGCCCACUAUGCCAGUCUUGACAGGGCUGUCUCCUCCCAGUGUGCCAACCCGGAGUGACCCGCAGCUCCUCCGCGAGUACAUCGAGCAACACUUCCCAUCUGCAGCACAAAUUAUUGCCGCGAUACAGAGCCGCCAGGAGCAGCUCCAGGGUGAUGGAGGCAGGGCCCACGGUGUCCGGAAUCGUCGGUUGCCACUGAAUCUGUGGUUGUUCCGAUUCCGAACUCUCAAGUCUAUCCUGACACAUUUCGGCAUCCUACUGAACAGUCCACAGGGCACGCUCGAGACUCGUGAUCCACACGCACCACCACACAUCAUACAAUCAAGAGUGCAUGGCAGAACGACUCGUGUCACCUACAAGGAUAUCUUUGAUUGGGCUGGUGUCGAGUGGAACACUGCGGUGAAUAUCCGCCCGAUUUACAUUCACUUGGAAGCUGCGUAUCGAGCGAACAACCCCUCUACUCAUCCGGACACGUUCUCAGCCCUCCCUGAUGCUCAGAAGCGUAGCAUUAGACAAGCGGGGGCUAUCAUCGAUGGCGACUUCUUCAGCGGAUUGGACGAGGACGACCUCGAUGUCGAUGCCCAGCUUCCUUGGCUGAAGAUGACACAGAUUGCUUGUACUGAGGGCUUGCGAUUCUUCCACAAGGAUACCGGACAAUAUGUUGCGCCAGUGGCGACCUAGCGCGGUGUAAAGCAGAAGGCGGAGGGUGCAGACAGUCGAACACA